UCCAGCAUCCAGCAUCCAUCUGAAACUUCAGGAAAAGGUGGAGAAGGUCCUUCGUUUCCAAGGUUAUGCUGGUGACAGCGGCGGAGCGAAGACAAGGAAAGCCGCAGCGAGAGGAAGAGGGAGAAGACGCAGCCAUGAUGGGCACAGCUAUCCUGAGGAAAGACCCGGCAUAUGAGAUGGCUGAAGCUGAACUUCACAAGGAAAGACUCCAAGCCCUUGCGGAAAAACGGAAAAGACAAGCUGAGAUAGAGGACAAAAGAAGACAGCUCGAUGAACUUGUUCUUCAACUUCAACAUUUCAAGUCUAAAGCCAUGAGGGAGAGAUGGCUUCUUCAGGGGACACCAGUGGCGCUACAAGAGGAAGACGAAGACCGCAGGAAACAGGUUGAGCAAGAUGAACUUCACAUCAAAAGACUAGAGGAUGCCAUUCACAGAUUGGAAUCAGAAAUCUGUCAUUUGGAGAAUGAAGAAUUACAGAUCUCAGCUAAAGAGCAGCUUCUCAGAGAGCGACUGCGGGAAACAGAGAGAUCCAUUGAAGAUCUGCAGAAGAGUCUUCAGAAUCAAGAUGGAGAUGCGGUGAAUUACAACUGCUCGCAGAUCCCUGGUCUCCCAGAACUGAAUUCCCAAACUCCAGUCUCAGCUUCAGGGGAUCAUCAGCCGCCAAGAAAACCUGCAUUAUACGCCAUGGAGAUCAAUGUGGAGAAGGACCGGAAAACGGGUGCCACCAAGAUCCUCUCAGCCUCGGCCGUCAGCCCACAGGACGCUCAUCAGAGGGGCGUCAAGGUAUACGACGAUGGCCGAAAAGUGAUCUACGAGGUGCGUUCUGGGGGAUCGACUACACUGGAGAAUGGCACGCAUGCCUGGAGUCCCGGAGAGGUGAACCAACUCAUGCAACAAGUCGGCGGGAAGCAACAACCAAGUGACGGAGCACGGGUCACUGUCACGCCAGCGGAGCCACAGCAAACAGGAGGACAGCUGAGCACCAAAGAGCCCAAGCAGGACAAGAAACAAACCCAUGGCAAAGGCUACGAGGGGGAGGUCACGGAGACUCCGAAAGCCUCCGCUGACAAACCCGUCACCAUGAUCUUUAUGGGAUACCACAGCAUUGAGGACGAGGAGGAGUCCAAGAAGCUGCUAGGCUUUGAUGGCACCAUCAAGGCCGAGAUUGUCCUCAUCGACGAGGAUGAUGAGAAAUCUCUGCGGGAGAAGACGGUCACUGAUAUCUCCACCAUCGACGGCAAUGCAGCAGACCUGGUGUCGGGACGGCCUCUGUCCGACACCACUGAACUGUCCUCAGAAGGCAAAGAGGAAAGCUCGACCAAGGAACUGCCAUCUACAGGCAGUGAGAAGGCGCGUUCAGUACUGCUGACGGCAGAGAACGGACUCUAUCCUUCAGUGACUGCACGGUUUUCAGACCCUCUGAAGUCCCCUGUACACUCAGAGGAUGACAGUGAGCUGAAAAGAGACAGAAGCCUGAAGACUGUAAGUUUUUUCGAUUCUGUGAGUGUCAUAUCCGGAGGUCAGAGCAGUAUGGAGCUUGGAGUUCAGACUGAGACCCAGCAAAGUUACGUGAGCAGUGGACAUAAUAAAGUGAAGCAUGGGGGAGAAGGACUGGAUAGCGAAGUUGCCCAGGAAAUCCUUUACCUGGAUGAGGUCCUUGAGGCCAACUGUUGUGAUCCCAGAGCCGAAAUGACUUCAAAUGGGACAAGUUCCCCUGACACAGAGUCAAUUAGAGUUCAUGGAACUGGACCAUCUGUGCACACUUGUGACACAUUGGCCUUAAACCAUCAUGAAGUUGUUUUAGAAGGGAAAAAGCAGACCACUUUUGUUGAUGAUAACUUCAACACCAAACCUAAUGGUCAUGCAGCGGUGAUAGGCACAAGGUCACCUGAGUCGCCUAGGACGGCAAUGAAGAAAGAGGCACGUUUUGAGCUCCGACCAUUUCAUGAAGAGAAGAAACCAUCGAAACUAUUUGACACCCCAACUGAGAAAGAAGUUCGGGUGAAGAAAGUGAGACCCUCAGAAGAGGUCGCAGAGCUAGAGAGGGAAAGGCUGGAACUCAUCCGGGGACAGGCAGUCAAGAAAAAUCCUGGCAUUGCAGCAAAAUGGUGGAACCCACCUCAGGAAAAGACACUGGAAGAGGAGCUGGAACCAGAGCAGCUGGAGUCGCUUCGAAAAUAUGAGGAGAGGAAGCAAAGGAAACCAGAAACCAACCGUAUGCCACAAGCUGCACCCAGACAGACAACCACCUUCAUCCAACCUGAAAUAGCAAAUAAGGAGGACGUUGUCAUGGAAGAGAUUGACUUUUCUGCAGCUCGCAAGCAAUUUCUGCAGAUGGAACAAAGCAAGCAGCCCACGGUCCCUAAGAGGAAUGUGGCACCACAGCUUUACUCUGCCAAACCUUUCUUCAGGACUCCAGAGGUCACGCAUGUAGAGAGGCCGUGCGGUUCUGUCACUGUUGCCAAUCAGGAAGGUGUCACAUCCUACGAUGGAAGUGAAGUCACUACAGUCAAAGCUGAAAAGAUCUACUGCUGCUCUGGAGAAUCCCUCAUACCCACAAAAGAUGGAUUAUCUCAGAACGAGAUGAAAGAUGAUGAUUUUACUUGCGCCCGGGCAGUGAUGACCAUUGUGAAGGAUGAGGAUGCCGAUUUGUGUCAACGUUCUUUCAACAGCUCCUACCACACAGAAGAAAUCGACUCUGGGUUGGAUGACCUAUCAUUGCGGUCUCAGGACACCACUGUUCUUGAGACGCUCUCCAAUGACUUCAGCAUGGACAACAUAAGUGACAGCGGUGCAUCAAAUGAGACCAUGAGUGCCUACUUGGAAAACUCUCUUGGGGAGUACUCUUUUCCCUCAACCCCCAUGGCCACUACACCAAUCAAUGGAAAACAUGAAAUCGGUAUCAAAUCUCCAGGGGAACAGACUGGGACUUAUCAGGGAGAUGGUUUGACGGAGGAAGAGUUGGAAUACCAUGCUGGUAUUCUUGUCCAAAACGCUAUCCAGCAAGCCAUUGCUCAGCAGAAUGACAAAUGGGAGCCACUUCAGGCCACACAACAUUCGUCCCCCAUUACAGAGAGACAUGUGGAAAGUAUUCAACCACAACCCCUAGUGGAAAGACCUACUGUCACGCCACCUCCCAAAGUGCCAUCCCCCCUACAGGAGAAGAAGGAAACGGCUCCUCAAAUAACUAUAGCUCAAGCCACCCCAGUAAUCCCAACGAACACUUACAAACCUCCCAGUCCGUCUCCUCCACCAAACGAAAAACCAGAAUUCAGCUAUUUCAGCAAGUACUCUGAGGCAGCAGAGCUCAGGAGCACCGCAACAGUCACUCGUGCUCAGGAAACAGAAGUGACCUCAGGGCCGUUCAAGCUGCGCUCACGCAAACAGAGGACCCUGUCCAUGAUCGAAGAGGAGAUUCGAGCAGCACAGGAGCGCGAGGAGGAGUUGAAGAGACAACGGCAGGUGCAAACAUUGCACCCACCCCGUGCACAGAAGCUGAAGGCCAGCACUCAGCCAAGCAAGCUGGUCCUCACUGGGAAGACAGCACCAGGUAAAAUUGAGAAGAUUCGGCCUGCUCCUCCAGCCUCCCCUUGCUCUUCGGACGGAGCUCUGCCGUCGCCUCUGUCUGAUCUGGGCAGUGAUGAUUCUGGAGGAGCUCAGAGACCCAAGAACUUCAUGCAGACCUUGAUGGAGGACUUCGAGACACACAAAGUCAAGCGCAGGGAGAAAGCCGAGGACAACAGUUUUGUCCGCUCAGUUACCUCUGAGGUUCUCGAAGCAACCCGUGUGACUCGCAGAAAAAGUAACAUGGCUGUCCGGUGGGAGGCCGGCAUUUAUGCCAACCAGGAAGACGCAGAGGAGGAGGAGGAAGAGGAGGAGGAAGAGUAAACCAAACUAAACCCUCUAUUUCGAAAAUAAUGGGAAACAAAACAGAGGGAAAAUGUGCGACAGGACAAACACAAGUAUUUAUUGGGAAUUCACACCUUUUUGAAGAUUUGUCCUGUCCAUUUCUGGAGCCAAUGGGAUGUUGCUACUAUAAAGGGCUCCAGACAAAGACAAUGAAGACCCGCCGUUUUUACAUUUCCACUAUCAAUUUACUGCAUUUUCUUUCGUGCUGAUUCAUUUUGAGGAAGUGGAAUGUGCAAAGACAAGGACAUAUUGGGGAUUUUUGCCAUUUAUGUUGCAAGUAGGAUUAGUGAGAGGAUCAUUUUGCAUUACAAAGAUAUGUGUGAACAUAUAAAGGCGUGCGGAAAUCAAGUAAUUGUUUUGUUAUUGGAAUUCACAAGAUAAGAAAAUAAGGGUUUCAGCAUCCAAAAGGGCAAAAUACAGUUUUUGUUAAUCACAUUUUCACAUGAUCUCCAUUUUAGCCUAUAGGAAAUCUCAAAUAAUUAUCAGAGAUUUGGCUCACACUUUAAUUUAAGGUACAAUUCUCGCUAUCAACAAACAAUAGGGUAUAUGCGGAAUUAUGCUAAAGGACUUUUAAUUUGUCAGUAACCUGGGUUAAACUGUAUGCCAAUUGCAAAAUCAGCGCAUUUAAGGUCUGUUUUCUUUAAAAAUCAGCAAUCUCCGCUGGCUGAGUGAUAUCCGAUUUAAAGUGGGUCUCAGAUUGUACAAGAAGCACUGCAUUAAAUUACACUAUCCCCCGCCAUGUCUUUAAAAUAUGAACAUUUAUUUCACCCCAGUAUAUUCAAUGUUGCUUCUGCGCUGCCGAUUCUGAUGGGCGUGUAUGAAUAAACGGAUUAUUGUCUCGUUUAAUGCUUGAGCAACUAAAUGAAUGCCAAAGUCUAUUUAACUGAUUAUAUUUUAAUUACAUUACAACAUCGAUACUGUAAAAGAAACUGUAUAAAAUGGAAAAAAUAAAUCACAUUAACCGUUCACUGGAAGUUUAUCAUUAUGGGAAGAAGCACUAGCUCCGCAUAUACCCUAUUAACUAUGAUUUUCACUCAACCUGCUAUAAUUUGUUGAUUAUUAAGGUAGGAGUUGGCUUUAGAUAUUGGAUAGGAUUUGGGAUGUGCAAUAAGAUCAUGCAGAAUAUGUACUUUAUAAGUACAAAUAAACAGUCAAUAUCUUUGUAAGAAGCCACUAUAGUUAAUAGUGAGAAUUGGUAUCGAAACUAAAGUGUUAGCAAAAUUUGUCUAGUUCAAAGGGAAACUUAUAACUAUGGUUUUUUUGCCAUUUGUAUAAUCAGAGUUCGGCUACAUCUACCAUGGUGAAAUUAUGGUUAGUGUAUUAAAAUAAUGGUUGUUUUUGGUACAAAAACAGUACAAAAAGCAUGUUUUGUUGGUUUUAUUUGUGAUAAAACCAUGGCUCAUUUUCAGUAUGGGCAGAAUCUGGGGACGGACUACUAAAAGCACAAACGCUUAAAGUAUACUUAGUACUACCGAGUGCUAAAAAUAGUUCAAAACAUAUGUGAAACCCCCAAAAACAGUAUACUUUAGGCAGUUUUGAGAGGUUUGUAAGAUAAAUUCCAAGCAGAAAAGGAAGAAGCAGCAGUGGCAUUGUUUAGGUUAUGCCAAUGCUAUCUCACGCCAAUUCGUAACUUUUAGAUUUAGUGGCUAAUUCGUAAUUUGUUUGUAAUGUAUCAUUGAUACAUUUUAGUAUUAUUUGAUUAGUUUGAUGCCACACCUCCUUUUUAAAAUCAUACAUUUUCAUACAACUGAUUUUCAUCCUAUUAAUCCUAACGAAUUAGCCACUAAACUGACAAAACGUAGAAUAGUUACGUUUCCCUGUGAGAUCGGGUUGGUUAUCCAUUGACCUAAAACUAUGUCUAAUUGACCUUAGACUAUGCCUAAAAAUAUGUCUAAAAAUGUAAUUUUAAGAUUUAUUAUAGUUUGCAGUUGAAGGCACCCUUGUUUGACUUGAUAUAGUGUAGAGAAGAACAUUUAUUGGCUGAUUUUUGGGAGUGUUUAUUGUCAAGAUCACCAGCGAUCUAGCCUACGCAGACUCUGGAGAACUACAAUUCUUCCACUGAACCGAACUACAACUACCAUGAUGCUUAGCGCCAAUCAACACCUGCUACAGCUGCAAACUAUCUGGACUAAUAGACAUGCACACACAGAUGAAGAUCAUUCUUACUGAUUACAAGUAAAUAAACAGCACGCACACACACACUUCUGGGCUGAGUCUUCUGUAAUGGUGAGACGCUGGACAAUGAGGAUCCCUGUUCAGUAUUUAUUAAUCAGUAAGAAUGAUCUUCACCUGUGCGUGAGUGUGUAUAGCUCAUUAUUAGUUUGUAGUGGUGUGCAAAGCGAGACUUCAUGAAACACCAAAACAGUCAAAAGAAAUGUGUCGAAGUUCAAAACGUUUUGAAACCCGUCUCUACAGUGACACCUACUGGUCAUUUUUAUGUAACGCUCUGGAAAAACUUCAGCAAAGAAACAAUUAAGCAAAUUGAGGUAUUAAACCCCACGUUGUAGAGUGGAGGUUUCAAGUAAUUUAGUAAAGCGGUGACAGUUUCAAACUAGCCUGCAGAGAUAACUGGUUCGAAUCCAGGGCGACGUAGCUAUAGAUGGUAGUUUUUAAAUGCUCUGUUCUCGAAAUGUGUUUUGUUUUAACAUUGGACAUCCGAAUGAAUUAAAUAUGGCUUGAUUUGGUCAUAAAAAAGUACGAUUUUUAAAACGGGAUUAAAAUAGGGAUUAGAACUUAAGCCAUUUAAAGCUCAGGCACUCUGAGCACACUCACGGUCCACUAGCAAACAUGAAAUAGAGGUUUUUUCCAACCCUCAAAACAUUUCUGAAAUGACCAAUGAUUUGAAUCGCUUUAGUCACAUGACCUGGGUGAUUCAAAUCACCUUAGUCACAUGACCUGGGUGAUUCAGAUCACCUUAGUCGUUUGACCUGGGUGUUUUGAAUCACCUUAGUCACAUGACCUGGGUGUUUCGAAUCACCUUAGUCACAUGACCUGGGUGAUUCAAAUCACCUUAGUCACAUGACCUGGGUGAUUCAAAUCACCUUAUUCGCAUGACCUGGGAUUUUCGAAUCACCUUAGUCACAUGACCUGGGUGUUUCGAAUCACCUUAGUGACAUGACCUGGGUGUUUCGGAUCAUGCUUCAGGGCAGUGUUUCGAAACACCUGCGCUUCAGAAUCUCGACACUGUCGAAACUAGCAAACAUGAAAUAGAGGUUUUUUCCAACCCUCAAAACACUUCUGAAAUGACCAAUGAUUUGAAUCGCUUUAGUCACAUGACCUGGGUGUUUUGAAUCACCUUAGUCACAUGACCUGGGGGUUUAGAAUCACCUUAGUCACAUGACCUGGGUGUUUCAAAUCACCUUAGUCACAUGACCUGGGUGUUUCAAAUGACCUUAGUCACAUGACCUGGGUGUUUCAAAUCACCUUAGUCACAUGACCUGGCUGAUUCAAAUCACCUUAUUCGCAUGACCUGGGAUUUUCGAAUCACCUUAGUCACAUGACCUGGGUGAUUCAAAUCACCUUAGUCACAUGACCUGGCUGAUUCAAAUCACCUUAUUCGCAUGACCUGGGAUUUUCGAAUCACCUUAGUGACAUGACCUGGGUGUUUCGGAUCAUGCUUCAGUGCAGUGUUUCGAAACACCUGCGCUUCAGAAUCUCGACAUUGUCGAAACUAGCAAACAUGAAAUAGAGGUUUUUUCCAACCCUCAAAACACUUCUGAAAUGACCAAUGAUUUGAAUCACUUUAGUCACAUGACCUGGGUGUUUCGAAUCACCUUAGUCACAUGACCUGGGUGUUUCAAAUCACCUUAGUCACAUGACCUGGGUGAUUCAAAUCACCUUGGUCACAUGACCUGGGUGAUUCAAAUCACCUUAGUCACAUGACCUGGGUGAUUCAAAUCACCUUAGUCACAUGACCUGGGUGUUUCAAAUCACCUUAGUCACAUGACCUGGGUGUUUCAAAUCACCUUAGUCACAUGACCUGGGUGUUUCAAAUCACCUUAGUCACAUGACCUGGGUGAUUCAAAUCACCUUGGUCACAUGACCUGGGUGAUUCAAAUCACCUUAGUCACAUGACCUGGGUGAUUCAAAUCACCUUAGUCGCAUGACCUAGGAUUUUCGAAUCACCUUAGUCACAUGGCCUGGGUGUUUCGGAUCAUGCUUCAGUGCAGUGUUUCGAAACACCUGCGCUUCAGAAUCUCGACACUGUCGAAACAUGAGUUUCACGUCAGCCAUCCCUAAUAGUUUGCAGCUGUAGCAGGUGUUGAUUAGCGCUAAGCAUCAUGGUAGUUGUAGUUGGGUUCAGUGAUAGAAUUGUAGUUCUCCAGCAAUCUGCAUAGGCUACAUCGCCGGUAAUCAUGACAUUUAUGUUGAAGGAAGAGGAGUUCAAAAAUGAGUGAAAGAACAUGAUAUGUUGACGCAAGUAUUCACACUGCUGAACGGCUUCAUUUUUAUUUAAAAAGGUGAACAUUUCUCUUUGCAUACACUGGCAUUUUUAAAGCCAUUACAAGCAGGAAUGUCAAUGCAGCAGUACAAUGAGUGAAAUGGUUUAUUUUUGGGGUUAUUUUUCAUCCAUAUUGUUUCAAAAAUAUCAAAUAUGUUUGUUUUUUUUUAUUCAUCUUUAAAAGGACACUGACAUCAGUGAUGUACAUUAAUUUUUGCCUUCGGAUGCAUUUUAAAGCCACAAAUGAAGACAAUCCCACAAGCAUCAUUCAGCAAUGUGGCUUCGUUGUUGUUUUUGUACCUUUCACAUGCGUAUAAUAUAUAUUACACAAAAAGUAUUUAACGGACUGCUGUCCUUUUAUGAGUAUAUACGUUAAGUAUUUGUAAUCUUAGAAACGUGUAUUCUCAUAAAGUUACACCUAUAGGAACCAUGAAUGUUUCUGAUAGAAGGUGCUUUGACUUUAAUUAUUAGAUGUAAAGAGAGAAUGUAGUUCUCAAUACUUUCUGAAGUGUUUCGAUGCGUGAUGUGAGAUUGUGUAAUGACCAUCAGUUUUAGGAUGUUGGAUUUAUACUUGGACUCUUUGAUAUGAGAUGAUUAUUGUUGGCGAACGAAUAAUUUGAAUUUUAUAAGGGGAAAAUAUUUUUUAUUUGAGUAGCGAGAUAUAUACAGCGUCCCUACGAAUGGGAAAUAGUUUUGGACAAAUGACUGGGUGUUUAGUACUUUUACCGCACAUUUAUUCAUAUAUACUGUGUUGUGUGUAUUUGAGGGCCAAGUAUGCCGUGCUAUAUGCAGUUUGUUUAGGUGUUUAGGAAACAUUACUAGCACAAAUUAGUUAUGGAAUGUACUGACCGUGAUGCUGACAGGUUUCGCAUCGUGAAACGGGCAGCGUUCAAAUGCCCAUCUUUUGUACUAUAAUGAAUAAUAAAUGGACAAAAAUAAAGGUUGUUUUUACCUCAUGAAGCUAAAUUAUAAGAAAUAAGCCAAUGUUCAAACCUGAUAUAAAAGGAUUCCUACAGCAUAGGAUGGUGGCCAAAUUGCUUUUAACAGAGAACAAUAGAGGAUUGAGUAGAGAUUGAGCAAUAUUGCGGUUUUUGAUGAUAUCUUGGGAGUAAAAGUGAGCACUGCUAUCAUAUUAGUGAAUUUCAAGUGCAAAAAGGUCUGCGUCUGUUAUCAUUGUGCUAUUGACAAUUAAGGAAGCUUCUUUAUGCCACGGAAUAAUAUAUACAUAUAAAUUAUAAAAAGAAUUUAUAUUAUACUUAUAUUUAUACUUAUAAAUAUUAUAUUAUAAACAAAGAAAGGUGAUUGUGAAGUUUCAUAGCACAAUACAGACUUCUUACCCAAAACUGCAGUCAAUUUCUCAAAAUUUCAGCUGAUUUUAGUUUCAGUUUUUUUAGUUUCAGUUCAGUUCAGAAAAUUUCUGUUUUGAUUCUAAAACAAAUCUGAAAUGAGAGAAAACAUCGCAAUUGCAAUAAUGUCACAAUUAACGUCACAAUUCUGAAUUUUUUUCUCAGAUUUGUUUGGGAAAUGUAGAAUUUUGAGAAUUUUUUGAGAAAAAAACUGCAACAAAAACUUAAGGUUGUGAGAAAUAAUUAGAAUCGCAGGAAAGCUUAUAAACAUGCAACUGCAGUAAAUUUGCAUUUAUAAGAAAAUUAACUUUCAGUUCAAAAAUUUGGAGGGUUUUUAGCUGUUUUGAGACUAUGAAUUGGAGAGUUUGCUUGUAGUUUUGAGGGGGAAAAACUCAAGAAGAAAGCAUUGAUAUUGCAACAGUCACAAUUCACUAACACAACUUUUUUUCUCAAAAUUGUUCUUUUUAAUUGUGUAAUUUUGAGAAUUUUGAAUUUUUGAGCCGUUUUGAGAAAAACAGGCACUCAAAAUUGUGAGAAUUAUUCAGAAUUGUAGGAAAGCAUAUCAACUUAAAUUUGAGCAAAAAUCUUUUUUCCUAAAUAAUGUAACUUUCUCUCACAAUUUUUACAUCUGAAAUGCAAAUGCUUUUUUAGGGAAUGACAAAAAUGCAUUUGCAUUUUGAAAAAAAUGUGAGUUAAACUCUCUGCAUUUGAACUUUUAGAACCCAAUGUGCUUUUAACUAAAAGUGCUCAAAAAUAGAUUAUUUAACCAUUUUGAGAUUUUAAAACAAGCAUUUGCAGCCAAUAACAUCAGUAAUGAGAGAAAGUCGAUUAAAUUGAUAAUUGCAAUAAAAUCAGAUGUUUAUAUCUUGCAAUUACGCCUUUUUGUCUCUGAAAGUUUGAGAAUUGUGUGGGAAAAGUUGCACAUUCCUUUAUCCUGUGGCAGAACCGUUGAUAGACAACAGACUUUUUUGCAUGCAGAUUUAAAAAAUGCCACUAAUAUGAUGCAACUAGCCUAUUUUAGACGUCUAGUCAAGAAAUGACCUCACCAGUGUCCCGUGUGCAUGACAAGUACUGCGCCUGCUGCAGUAGAUUUUCAUUUUCAGCGUCGGUUUCAGUGCUUUUUAAAAUAAAUCUCUUGCCUUCAGUGAAAUCACAAGUAUUGUUCUUACCAACGUUUGAACCAAGCAAGCAGUGUUUUUUUUUUUUUGACUUUUAAAGUAACACCAAAAAUAUGUUGCGUGUUUUGCUCUUGUUGUUAAAUAGUUAUUAUUAUUAUUAUUAUUAUAACAAGUCCAUUUGCAAAUGCUUUCUUCAAAGGUUUAAUGAGUGUUUUACUUCCUUUGGGAGAAACCAAAGGAGUGUUGAUUAUGGUGUGAUAAUGCAAUCAUGCUUUCAAAGCCCUCUUUUGACAUGUUAACCACUUAUUGUAUGUUAAUAUUCUGCUUAUAUUGUUUUAUAGUAAUUGUAAGUCUCACUCUUACACACAUAUAUAAUUAUUUUCUCAUUAAAAAGAAAACGUGGAAAA